AUGGGAGAGUAUAAAAAGGAGCGAGGAAAAAAGAGGCGAGGGGGAAAAGAGAGCCGGGGCGGGGCUGGGCGGAGCGUCGAUUCCGUAAGGCGCUCCCGGGGCCCCCGAGCCGAGCCGGCGGCGCCCUCCCGCCCAACGGCUUGUCAACAGUCGCAGGGGUCCGGGAGGGAAGCCUCGGAAGCGGGCGAGGCCGAGCGUGCGUCCCGGAUCCCCUCCCAGCUGGGCGGCCACACUUGGCCCCGGGGAGGGGGCGGGAUGUGCUCCGCCGGGGAGCUACUGCGCGGCGCGGGCGGCGACGGGGAGCCGGACGAGGACGGGGACGGAGCCGACUCUGGGCUGGAGGGGCCGGAGCCGGGGCCGGGGCCGGCGCCCGCGAAGACGGAGGAGCCGGAGGACGGCGGCCAGAGCCUGCUCGCGGGGCAGCAGCAGCAGCAGCCGAGGCGGCGCGGGCGGCCGCGGCAGCAGCAGCAGCAGCGUGGUCCUGGAGGAGGCGGCCAGGAGCAGCCGGAGCAGGACGUAGAAGAAUCGCAAAAUCACAGCGUGGAACCUGUUAUAGAUGACUACAAAAAGAUGGGAACCCUUUUUGGCGAACUAAACAAAAGCCUAAUCAACAUGGGCUUCACCAGGAUGUAUUUCGGAGAGCGGAUUGUGGAGCCAGUUAUAGUCAUUUUCUUUUGGUUUAUGCUCUGGUUUCUUGGCCUACAAGCCCUCGGACUAGUUGCUGUUCUUUGCAUUGUCAUUAUUUAUGUACAAGAGUAAAACGUAGCUGACCCAUGUGUGGUUUGACGUAUGGAAGCCGUGUUGUAUGCUGAUGGAUAUUUAAGCAAAUGAGAGCUCCAGAAAUCUGCUUUGUUACAAAUUAUGUCAGCCAUUUUCUAACUAAAUUUAUAAAUGGAUGUUCUUGGAAAAUAAAGUCAACUCUUCUUUAUUUAGGGGUUAAUUCCAGACCCCUUGUUUCCCAGUAGUGACUUUUGCCCACUUAUUGAGCACUAAUCACAAACACUACUACCCAAAAAUGCGACAGAGGCUAUGACAUUUAGAGAUAUCAGUUUUAUUCCUUGUAAAUAAUUUAGGAAGAAAGAAGCUAAAGUCAUAUUUUACUUGAAGAUUAUUUCCUAGAUAUUCCCACUUUCAUUUGGGGGAUGUUGGAUUUCAGAUACCCUUGCCAUCCCCAUCCCUAUGUGUAAAUUAGAGUUGGCUUUAUGAUUAUCUUUCUCUUGUGAUGGAAAUGAAUCAUUCUAGCUCGUUUUCCAAAAGUGAAAAAAAGACAUGUACUAUUGUUAGAGAAACUGCCCAAGUGGAUUGAAACUUCAUUAGGCCUGGAACCACUUCAGUAUGUCAUUGAAGGUUUUUGAAAUUUUGGUGCUGGUGAGUUCUUUGUUAAUCCAGGAGCCACAAGAGCCAGGUGUAUGCUCAGCUGGCUACAUACCUACUUUGUGACAUGCCUAAUUAGGCUGUGGUAUUUUCUUCUAUCCAACAAGCUUGAGUUUUUAUUUUUUAUUUUCCAUGGGACACUUUCAGUGUAUUUUUCACAACUUUUACAAUUUUAUAGUUCUUUUUUUAAUUGCUACUUUAAGAUAUAAAUCAAAAUUUGUUUCUUAGCUGGACAGUGGAAUAUUUUUUCCCUAACUUGUUAUAAAAUCUGGCUGCAUCUUUUUCUUUCUCUUUCAAAAAGAAAAGACUAAAUCUUUCACCUUUGAGAUAUAUAUAUAGAGAGAAAAAAAUAGAUGCACAAUAUUAAAGAAAUAGUUAAAUUUGGAGUGUAAUCAUCAGUCUUAUACAUGCAGCAAGACCAAAUCUGUGAAUCCUCUAAAUGGAGAAGCAAAGUAACUGAAAAUAUUAUAAGAGCAUAUAAUGCUAAAUCAGAAUCCCAGCCAGAGGUUGUUAAAAAUACAGUGUAUUUGUUUAAAUAUCAACUUUUUUAAACUUACAACUUUUUUAUUUUUACAAAAGGUCUUUGUACUCUAUUGUGCUUAUAUUGAGUUUGCAAAUAUUUUUAUACUAACAACCAUACCCUUCAUCUACCUUACUGCAAGUGCAAACUAUAUGAAAGGGUAUUUUCAUUUAUGCACAAGUACAGUUUAAAAAAAACAACUGAGAUUAUGGGAAUUUGCAGCAGUAUAAAAUAUUAAUGACUACAUUCUUUUGGAAUGCUGCUGAGAGUUUGAAUUUCUGAAAUACAACAUGCUUAAUAACCGCUCUGGUCCCACCAGUGCCUAAUGGUGAAUCUAUUUUUCAAAGUCAUUUUUGUUAUAAAUUAUUUAGUAUCCAGUCAGCACUAUACAUUGCUCUGUUAUGCUGAUGGGAUAUGUGUGUGUAUCCAAUUAUAAAAAGUAAGCAGGCAUUUUGCUAUCUCCUUUUGCACUUCUGUUACUACUUGCCACAGUAUACCAUCAAGUUCUAUGAAGGAGGGAGGGAAAAAAACUAGCUAGUAGCUUAUUUAAUGGAGACAAUAAGAAGUUGCCUCUAGGAAGUGUUGGGAUGCAGACUAUAUUCAUUUCCCUAGGUAAAAGAAAAUCCUAUAACCUUGUCUGGUCAUGAAAUAAAGUGAUUAGAUAAAAUGGGAUAUUGAGUCACAUCAAUAUCAGAAAUGUAACUAGUUCAAGGAAUUGGUGUUAUAUGUGAAUAAGAUGUAUAAUAAUUACCAUAUAAUUCACCCAUAUUAUUAGCCCUCAGUUUUAAAAAGGAGGUAGGGAAAUAAGAUAUUUAUCUUAUAUCAAACGUAGUCAAACAAGCUGACCUGGAUGAAUAAAUCUGUUUUCUUUCCAAUAAAAUAUCAGGUAUAACUGGGUAUUUUGUUUAUAUUUUGUCUUAUUUCUUAAUCAGUCAUAAAUGUGGUACUCUCUUUGUUCCCUACCACUAUAGGGGUUCUUAAUCUCGGGUCCAUGAAAAAAUGAUAUACUUUGAUAACUGUACUUCAAUAAAUUGGUUUCCUCUAUAAUGUUACGUAUUUUAUCCUAUGUAUUUAAAAACAUCAUUCCAAGAAGCAGCCUAUAGACUUCACAAGACUUCCAAAGGAGUCCAUGAUACAAAAAAGGUUACGAACCUUUGUAUUAUAACUAUAGCCAUCCUUCAUUUUCAGUGGUAUGGAAUCCAUUUUCUGGUUUUUACUGAUAUCUUUCUAAUAUUAGAGAGGGGGGAAAUCAUUGAAAAUGUGAAGAAAGGCCAAGGCACACUCAGGGUCUAUCAGUCCAUACCCCUGCAUCUAUUUCAGUAAAUAAAUGACAUCCCAUGGUCAUUAUGCUGCUUUUGGCCCAAGUGCUUGGGUUGGAGGAUGCCGUUCCAGCCUGUACACUAAUUUGUUUCGAUCUGAUUAUCCUCUUGAGAAGCUGAAUGUCCCCAAGAGACCUGAACCUAUGGGAUAAACCAACUGUUAACAAUAUUGUUGGGAAGGCAAUUCUCAACCCACGCUUUUACACAGGAAGACUCAUGAAUAAUCACUGCUAUUAUUGAAGACUAAUUAUCCAGUUUGCAGAUUAUCUGCAGCUCUCAAUUCCCGUAGGGUUUUAGCUAGGGAAAGGAGAGAGAAAAGGUAGAGCUCAAAUGAUGCUGUUUUGUUCCUGUAUUAUAUCCCUAAUAAAAGAUGUACUCUAGAAGAAAGAAAUUAAUUCAUAAAUUAAGGCUAGGGGUACAUCUCUGGACUUGUAAUCAUAGAAUGCUACAGCUAGAAGGACCCAUAGGGAAUCGAGUCCAUCUUACUGUCCGAUGGAUGAAUCUUGCCCUUAAUAUCCCUGACAAGUGGUCAUCUGCCCUCCAUCAUUUAUUGAUGCUUUCUCUGGAACCCAUUAUCUCAAAGUUGUUCUAUACUUUAAAAUUUUAUGGCUCAAAUGAUACGUUUAUUGUGCAGAAGGGGAGUAUAUCAGGUUGUAUGUUGUCAUUUAGAAGUCUUUCUGACUUUCUGUUGGAAAUAUAUAGCUGUCACUCAUAUGACCUGGGUCUUUGCAAUAUUGCUACCACAUUGUAGCAUAUUUCAGGGCGAAAUCCACCCUGCAGAUCACAUCAAAUAUGUCAACACUAUUUGUAACGCUUAUUUCAAGGGGAAUAAUACUCACUGAUAUUAUUUAAGGGAUACUUUUUUAAUGUUACUUAUUUGACAGCGUGUCCCAAUAAGUUUUCAUCUGUCAAACAUUUUUUUAAAUAACUUUGAACAUCCAAAAUACUUAUAUCAGGGCUGAUGGUUCUUAUUACAAAACUGCCAUAUUAAUUCUCUACCAGAAUGUCUUGGUUGUCCAAACCAUUUGUGUUAUCCAAACUUAUAUACAAAGUUAUUUGUUAUCCUUUCUAAUAAAAGAUACUCUGCUAUAA